AUGGUUAAGACCUCAGUCCUCAACGAUGCGCUCAAUGCCAUCAACAACGCCGAGAAGUCCGGAAAGCGACAAGUCCUUAUCCGACCUAGCUCCAAGGUUAUCGUCAAGUUCCUUAGCACCAUGCAAAAGCACGGCUACAUCGGCGAAUUCGAAGAAAUCGACGAUCAUCGGUCCGGUAAAAUAGUGGUACAGUUGAGCGGCCGCCUCAACAAGACUGGUGUUAUCUCGCCCCGUUAUAACGUCCGCCUCGGUGAUCUCGAGAAGUGGGUUGUCAAGCUUCUGCCAUCUCGUCAAUUCGGAUACAUCGUGCUCACAACCUCUGCUGGUAUCAUGGACCACGAGGAGGCAAGACGCAAGCAUGUUGCCGGCAAGAUCAUCGGAUUCUUCUACUAG